AUGAGAUGCAACUUUCAGGGCUGCGACUAUGAAAACAACCGCCCGCGCACAGUCGAGUGCCAUUUUAUCGGGAUGCAUGUUCCCGGGCACCCCUUCGCAUGCGUGCACAUGACGCGGGACCACCGUGGGAAGGAAUCCCGGUGCAAUCGCACCUUCGGGUGGGCUGCUUCGCUGCAUGCUCAUCGGGAGCAUGCGCACGCUAAUGACUGGACCGACGCUGACGAACGUAACCUGAAGAGCGAGAUCAAGGCCGGCAUGGCUCGUAUGCGCGAGCUCUAUCCCUACAUGGUGUUCAACCCCGAGGAUCGGCGCCGCAAACCCUUCCAGUGGACUAAACUCGAGCUCCCCGGUUCUGCCACGUCUGGGCCUCAGACUGAGUGCAUAGUGCUCAGAUGCAACUACAAACGCUGCGGGUACGUAAGCUCCGAUAGGGAGUCCGUUGAGAAACAUUUUAUCCACGUGCACACGAGCGAGCGCCCUUACCGCUUUGUGUACGAGGCACCCAGCGAGUCUGCGACGAGCACACACAAGUGCGGCCAAUCUUUCCCUUCCGCCGCCCAAUUGACGAAGCACGGAAGGAAAGACGGACAGCGAGUCGACCCUAAAGUUCGUGUGCGCGUGAAGGACGAGGCUGCGGCGCCCAUGCGUGCACUCUAUCCCGACAUGGUGUUGGAACCCGACGACUGGACCCAGUCCAGUCCUGAUCCCGGACCCCUUGGCCCAGGUACUCGCCCCCAGCCGGAUGCGCAGGUUGUGCUUGAUGACAAUGUGGAACUCCCGACCGCCGCUGUUUCUGCGUUCCGGUCGCAAACUUCUCUCGUGCCAGUAUACCAGCCAGCUGCUGCUACGGACACUCCACCGCCGUCCAUCCCUGUCACCCUCGCGGAGGGACGUGCGGCGAGUGACGAGCUUGCGCGGGAAAAGCGUCCUACGCUAGUGCCUCGUGCCCAGUUAGAGAGCAUACACGCAUCGCGAUUCGGAUUUCUCUGGAAACAGGGAUGGAUUGCACAGUCGAUUCUGAACAUACCCCCGCCGCCAGAUCCAGAUCUGCUCUUCCGACCUUCCGAGGAGCUUUUGAAUAGUCGCACGAGUGGUCGGUCUUAG